UUUACUUGGGGACACGCUGCAUCAUGAUGGAGAGAGUGCUGUUAUUGUUGGGAUUAGUGGUUCUGCACACUUCAUACACUAUACCAAUUUCCCCUGAAGUACACGAGGUGUAUGAGAAUGGAGAAGAUGAGAAUCCUAUCUUAAACUUGGGAUCAGAUGCCAACCUGUUUGAAGGGGACAUUUUAAUUCCCAAAGGGAGGAAUGCCCUCAUUGACCGAAGAUACAGAUGGAAAUUUCCGAUCCCUUACAUUCUUGGUGAUGAUUUGGAUCUGAAUGCCAAAGGCUGCGUCCACCAGGCAUUUGAAAUGUACAGGCUCAAGUCUUGCGUUGACUUCAAGCCUUAUGAGGGAGAGAAGACCUACAUCAAGUUUGAAAAGAGAGGAGGGUGCUUUUCUAGUGUUGGUGACCAGCAGACAGGUCAGAUCCUGUCACUGGGACCAGGCUGUGACCACAAGGCGGUGGUUGAGCACGAGCUGCUCCAUGCGCUGGGAUUUUACCAUGAACAAUCCCGCAUGGACCGGAAUGACUAUGUCAACAUCUGGCUGGACCAGGUUACGCCAGGACUUCAACAUAACUUCAACAAAUACAAUGACGACUUCAUCACUGAUCAAAACACUGCAUACGACUAUGAGUCCGUCAUGCACUACAGGCCCUUCUCCUUCAAUAAGAAUGAAUCCAUCCCCACUAUCACCACCAAAAUCCCAGAGUUCUACAAUAUUAUUGGCCAGUACCUUGAUUUCAGCAAGAUGGACACCCUCAGGCUCAACAGGAUGUACAACUGCUCUGGCCCGCUCACCCUGCUGGAUCAGUGUGCCUUUGAGUAUGCAAGCAUUUGUGGGAUGAUCCAGGCCUCCUCUGAUGAUGUGAAGUGGGUCCACACUCAGAGCUCUGCAGGCGCACUGGAUCACACACUCCUGGGACAAUGCAGAGAUGCUGGAUACUUCAUGCACUUCAACACUAUGACUGGGGAGCCUCAGGAGUCUGCUAUGCUGGAAUCACGAAUCCUCUACCCCAAGAGGAACCUUCAGUGUCUGCAUUUCUUCUACAAGAUGACAGGGGGCCCCGCGGACAGGCUGGUGAUAUGGGUCAAGACAGAUGAUGGCACAGACACUGUUCGCAGGAUGAAGAAAAUACGCACUUUUUAUGCGGAUGCUGACCAUACGUGGAAGAUCACCCAUAUUCAGUUGGAAGUGGAUGUGAAAUUCCGCUAUGCUUUCCAAGCUGUGCGUGGGGACCCCUCUGCUUCCACCGGUGGCAUCUAUAUCGAUGACAUCAGCCUGACCGAGACGCGCUGUCCCAAUGCUGCGUGGCGAAUCCAGAACUUCAUGGAAAUGGCUGACACCAGCACAGUUAUCGACAGCCCACGCUUCUACAGCCCUGAAGGUUACGGUUAUGGUGUUCGUGUCAUACCUUUGUCAAGUUACACUGAUUACACAGGCAACUACACCGGGCUGUACUUCCACUUGGCCAGUGGGGAGAAUGAUGUGGUGAUGCAGUGGCCAGCAGUAAACAGACAGGCCACGUUAGUGGUGAUGGACCAAGACCCAGACAUUAAGCUGAGGAUGUCCUCUGCUCGCAGUCUCACUACUGACAUGAGGACGAGUAAGUAUGUUUAAUGCCCCAAGGGAGCAAAGAGACCAGGGCACCGUAAUGAUGCAGUACUUGGAGUGUAGUAGUUUGAUGACUGGUCUGGAUACAGUCUCUCUGUCUGACUAAUAAUUGUCGCAAUCUGUCUUUCUGUUGUUUACCAUUCGUAAUAGUGGUUCAUUAGAUCCUGCAGCCUUUGUGUGCCAAUGAUCUGAGGAAGUCUUGAACGUGAUGUUGUGUAGAUGAGCCGAAAAACUUUGGCUAAAGGUUUUUCUCAAUUACUUGAAUUUUGCCUAGAGUUACUGCUGCUUGCUUUGUGUGCUGGGUGAUGGACUCAUACAUACACGGGCACAUAGCUAUCAUCAUGGGGACAUUCAGUGACAUUAGUGUAUUCCCAAGCCAAGUGAAAUUAUCAUAACUAACUUACCCAUACCCUAACCCAGGGGUCGGCAACCUUUCUGAUGAUGAAUGCCAUCUAAAAUUUCCUCAGAAGUCAAUGUGCCAUAUGAUUGCAUUAGCAAUAAAUUUAAUAACGCUCUAU